AUGGCCCAAGUCUGGCCUGCCCACCCACCGCGAAAAUUAAGAUUAUCACAAUCUACAAAUCGGUCAGUAAACAAAGCAUCAUCAAGCAUCAUCAAAGCACCAGGCGGAGUGUCUACCCAGUGUCUACCCAUUGUCAUACCUAGAAGCUCAGCACACAGAAGAAGAAUGGAAAGACCACAGACACCGUCCUUUGUGAUCUCAGACUCCAAUGACUACGUUGGCGACUACAGCGGCAAUGAAUUGAAUGAACUGAAUGAACCUUUCCAACAAGAACCAGAACAAGAUGAUGAUAAGGAAGCUACACCACAGGAAGAUCUAUUAGAAGCUAGUGCUAAAAACCCUAGUGUCCUGUUAGAAUUGGACAUGGAUGGAAAAGUUCAACAUUUAGGUAAAGCAUGGGAAUCUAUCAUUGGAACAAAACUUCAUAAGAUUGUCAAUCGUCCAAUCUCCAAUAUCAUCUUGGGUGAUCAAGAUGAUAAGAACAUUUUCAACAAUGCUAUCAAUAUAAUGAUGACUGAUGACGCUAGUUACAGAGUAAGGUUUGUUGUUGCUACAAAUGAUGUGAUACCUGAAAAAAAUGAUGUUGAUUCCUUAGGAUCUGAUGAAGUUGGUGGUGUUACUGCUGUUACUACUACAAAUGAUAAUCAUUCUGAUCAAAGUUCUCUGAGUUCAUUAUCAACCAAUGGAGAAAUGAUAGAGUUAGAAGGUCAAGGUAUAUUAAUUCAUGAUUCCAAGGGAAUACCCACACAUUCAAUGUGGAUCUUGAAACCUUUUGAUGCUAAUGCCUUAAAUGUCCAACUACCCACAAAAUUAGCUGAAACUUUAGGAUUUGGUGCAGAUAUUUUCACCUCUUAUCUUUCAGCUUUAUCAGAAGCUGGUAUCAUAAAUGAAGAUGAAGUCCCUGCUCCUCCACAAGUAUUAUGUCGAAUUUGUGAACAACAAGUUCCUUCGUGGUGGUUAGAAAAACAUUCACAACUUUGUUUCAAUGAACAUAAAUGUGAAAGUGAAGUUCAAGAAGCUCAUGAUGCAUUAGUCGAACAAAGAACGAUAAUAAACUCUAUAAAUGAAUCAUUGAACAAACAACAAGCAAAUGUUUUUGAAAAUGGUGUUUUAGAUUAUAAAGGUAUUCCAUUACCAAAAGUGGCAAUAAAUACAGGUGAUUCUCCAGUAUCAAGAAAUGCUCCAUUAGCAACUUUGGCAAGAAGAGGUCGUUCAAAUUCUAUAUUUGGAACUUUAAGAUUCCCUUUCAAGACUCUAGCAUUACUUUCAGAUCUUUGUGAACAAGCUAUAUCUAUAAAUCCAAGUGAGUUCAAUGAAUCAACAGAUACUUUUGAAUUUUCUCCAAAUACAAAACAAGCAUUUGAACAUGUAUUUGCAUCAGAAAUUCCAGAAUCCUCAGAUCCUUGUAUUGUUUCAUUAUCAAAUGACACUGAAAAACUUGUUCAAGAUAAAAUUGAUUCAAUUUCAAGAUUGAAUAGCUCAUUAUUAUAUUCACAAAAAAUUAAAGAUGAGGUUGACGAUUAUGUCAUUGCUACAAUUGGUGAAACUAUCAAAAAUAUUAGAAAUCAAACCUAUGAUGUUCAUCCUCCAAAUCCUUCAUCUUUAAAUUCAUCCACUACAAAUGAUAGUAAAUCAGAUAAUAUCAAUCCUAAACUGAUUUACCCCAAACCAACCUCUGUUCAAUCUCAUAUCUUCACUGAUGCAUAUCUGAAAACAGAUUCAUUACCAAGCCCCAGUAGAGAAAAUAUAAGAGAUGCAUUAAAUGAAACAAAAGGUCAUUAUUCACCAUCAAGAUCUAUUACACCAAAUGAAAUUAUGCAAAAUAAUGAUGAUACCAAAACACCAGAUGAAGAAUUUCCAAAUUUUUCAGAUUUACAUAUCAAAAGUCCAAUCUUGACACCACAAAGAAGAUCUUCACCAAGUGUUAAUCCUGUUUUCCAUAAUUCACCGAUGAGUUCUAUCCAAAGGAAUGUUAAGCAUAGUGGUGGUGAAAGUCAAUUGAAUACCCCUAUAUCAUCACCCUUGAUAAUGGCACAUGAUCCAAGCGAUAACCUUGAAAAAAGAGGAAGUCGUGAUAAUUAUUUAUCUAUAAGUAGUGCAGGUAGUGGGAGUACAAAUACUGGAAGUUAUCAUGGAAAUAGUCAUGUUAUGAAACCGCCACUUUCACCAUUAUUGGUUGCAAUGCCAGCUCCUAAACCAACACAACCUUCAAUUAGAGAUUAUGAAGUUUUAAAAGCUAUCAGUAAAGGUGCUUUUGGAAGUGUUUAUUUAGCAAGAAGAAAAGUCACAGGUGAUUAUUUUGCUAUUAAAGUAUUGAAAAAAGCUGAUAUGAUUGCUAAGAAUCAAGUUACAAAUGUUAAAUCAGAAAGAGCUGUUAUGAUGGCACAAUCCGAUAGUCCUUAUGUUGCAAAAUUAUAUUCAAGUUUUCAAACUAAAGAUUAUUUGUGCUUAGUUAUGGAAUAUUUACCAGGUGGUGAUUGUUCAACUUUAGUUAAAAUGUUAGGGAAUUUACCACAUGAUUGGGCAAAACAAUAUAUUGCAGAAGUUAUUGUUGGUGUUGAAGAUUUACAUAAAAAGGGAAUUGUUCAUCAUGAUUUGAAGCCAGACAAUUUAUUAAUUGCUUCGAAUGGUCAUUUAAAGCUAACUGAUUUUGGUCUUUCUAGAAUGGGGUUAGUUCGCCGUCAAGAAUCAGCUCAUAAACAUUCGAUUCCAGGUGAUGAUGUUUUUGCACAAGCUACAAGUAUAAAUUUAUCAUCAUCAUCUCAUCACCAUACUCAACAGCAACCACAGCAUCAUCGUAAAAAUUCAUCAAUCACACCGUUUAGUCUCUCUUCAACUUCAGGUCCUUCAAGCGCUCAUGAUUUUCCAAGUGCUGGUUCAAGUCCAACUACAAGUUUUUUCGAAAGUAUGGCUAAAUAUCAUUCAAAUGAAAGAUCAGGAUCCACAGGCAGUGUUACGGAUUCACCUCUGUUAAGACCAUUACAUAGAUCAUCAUCACAAGCUUCAUUUGCUAUACCUGCUGAAGAUAAUUCAACUCCAUCAACCCCAUCGACUCCAACGACUAAAAAUCUUGCAUUAUUUGAUCCAGAAAAUUCAUUAAUUAGCAAAAAGUUCGUUGGUACUCCUGAUUAUUUAUCACCUGAAACAAUUAGAGGUACAGGAGAAGGUGAAGCAUCAGAUUGGUGGUCAGUUGGUUGCAUAUUAUUUGAAUUUUUAUAUGGUUAUCCACCAUUCCAUGCAAAUACACCGGAUGAAGUCUUCGCAAAUAUACUGGCAGGAAAAGUUGAUUGGCCUGAUUUAUCACCUCAAGAUGAUGCAGAUAUUUGUCCACCUGAAGCUAAAGAUUUGAUUAAAAAAAUGUUGAAUAUGGAUUCAAAAUUAAGAUUAGGUGCUAAUGGAGCUGAAGAAAUAAAAAGUCAUAUAUAUUUUAAAGAUAUCAACUGGGAUGAUUUAUAUAAUCAAUCAGGAUCUUUUGUUCCAGUUGUGGAAAAUCCAGAAAGCACAGAUUAUUUUGAGUCUAGAGGUGCAGACGUGGACGAUUUCCCUUCAAGUGAUGGGUCAAAUUCAGAUGGUGAAAAUUCAACUCAAAGUGGUAUGGUGGGUACUAAUGAUGAUGGAUCUCAAAAGAAUUUGACACAAAUUAAUACUACAACAAGUUUAGGAUCACCGUCAACUGCAAAUUCACCAACUUCAAAACAUUUAUCAUUAGCUAUACCUGUUCAUAUGAGAGAAAGAAGACCAAGUAAACUUAAUGAUAAUCCUGGGGAAUUUGGUUCAUUCCAAUUUAGAAAUUUGCCAGCUUUAGAUAAGGCCAAUAAAGAUGUUAUAAAUCGUAUCAAAGCUGAACAUUUAGAACAAAGAAGUAAUAUGUCAAGUUCAUCAUCAGAGUCUGGUACAAGAUCAAGAAAUUACUCAAUGUCAUCAAAUAGUGGACUAAGACGUGCAAUUUCACCGUCUGCUGCUGUUAUGAGAACUCAUUCACCAAGUAGGAUGAGUUUUAGUUCAAGUAGUAUCCCACAAUCAUUACCAUUACAUGAACGGUUGAAUUCAAGUACAUCAGUUAUAAGUAAUUCAUCUGGUGAAGAGUUUGGUUCCAAUGCAUAUAUUGAAAAAUCAGGAAGAUCAAGUCCAAGAAGUGAUUCAGGUUCUCCAUCAACAAGAUCAUUUGCUAAACCACAAACACCAACUACACAAACAUCUACACCAACUCAUCAACAUAAUAGAAGUUCAAGAUCUAGAAGUAUUUUCCAAAGAACAUUUUCAGAUUUUUCACCUUCAAGUUCUGAUACAGAAGAUUCAAGAAGUUCAGCAAUUCAAAGAGUUCGUAAAAGGAGACAAAGUUCUAAAUUUUCAGAUGCAUCAAGUUCAAAAUUACAAAUUAUGGACAUCUUGCUUUGUGAACCAAUUCCAAUUUUAAGAUAUUCAAUGAAGAAAGAUUUAGAAAAUUUAGGAUGUGCAGUUGUUGCAGUAUCUGCAGGUGAUGAAAUUGUUAGAAGAGCAACUGGUGAAGUUAAAUUUGAUAUGAUUAUAACUGCUUUAAAAUUACCACAAUUAGGUGCUGUUGAUAUUGCUAAACUUUUAAAACAUACAUCAAGUGUUAAUUCAGAAACACCAAUUGUUGCAGCUACUGCUUAUUACAAAGAAGCAACAAGUGCAAAUAUAUUCACUGAUGUUUUAGAAAAACCUGUUGGUAAGAAAAAAUUAAAGGCAAUUUUAGAUAAACAUUGUCGCUGGAAAAUUGAUAGAUCUGAAGAAGCAGUGUCAGAUACAGAAGCGGUUUCAGAUACAGAUUUUUUGGAUAAUAUGGAUAUACGUAAAACAUAA